AUGAGAAAUUAUCAUCAUUAAUCAUAUAAUAACUUGGUAACUCCAUGUAUAUAUAAAUAUCGAAAAAGAUAUAUCGUUUCUUUAAUUGAGAUCUCGACACUUUAAUUAAUUUAAUGUGUAUAAACCAUUUAAAUUUAAUAAAUAGGAUCAAGAUAUCUUAAUUUGAGAAUUUAGGUCAAUAUAAAGAUAAUGUAAUAGAUUAGUCAUGAUUUAAAGAAUUCUAUUUUUAUAGUUUAAUCCAUGAUCACAUUAAUAUUAGAUUAUUUAUUUGAAUUAUCUGAAAUGGAAACAAAUUUAGUUGCAUUUUUGAAAAUAUAAUCCUUGUUGUAGAGAUGGGUUUAAAAAAUUUUCAAAUUUUAUAAUAAUUUGGUGUGAUUUAUAAGAUUUUGCUUAGAUUAAAAAGUUAAAACUAACGAGAUUGAUACUUUGUUUGAUUUAGGAUUUUUAAGUUUAUUUUAAAUCUGAUAAAAAAAAAGAACUUAUAAUUAGAUAUUUUUUCUAACUUAAUUCAUUAUCUUUAAAUAAUGAUCCUUUGAAUAUUAAGCAAAUCAAUUAAUUUUAAUUUCUAAUGCAAUAAAAUUAAAUCAAAAGGAACAAUAUCAUUACUUUUUUUGAUGAUCUAUCAAAAUUUUUGUAUAUUUUCUUAAAAUGUCAAGGAGUUAAUUUAAACUAAUAAAUCAGUAGUAGAUUUUAAUACUCUAUUUACAGAUCAAUAAAAGUUGAUUUUUUGUACAGUUUCUGA